AUGGCAAUGGAUAAUGAUAGUGGUGAUAAUGGACGUAUUUCUUAUCAUAUGCUAUCUGGAAAUGAUUAUGGAAUGUUCAAUUUGAAUAGCACAACGGGUGUAUUAUAUUUGAUGAAAAAAAUUGAUGAUAUUGAGGGAAUAAAUUUAAAUGAUACAUUUAAUAAUUUAUUAAUUGCUGCAAUUGAUAAUGGUAUACCGGAACGGAUGAAUUGGACAACAGUUCAAAUCCGUUUUCAUUCCGAUUUUUCCUCAAUUACUGCACCAUUCUUUAUUGUUACACAAUAUGAAGUAAGUAUAUUCGAAAAUUUACCAAACGGAAGUAUUAUUUUACGUUCAAAAGCUAUUAAUAAAUUUGGAUUAACCGAUAAUGAUUGGAUUUAUUCAAUAACUGAUACCAAUAAGUCAUUUGUAUGCAAUAAAAGUACUGGCCAUAUCAUACUUAUCAAAGAAUUAGAUUUCGAAUCACAAACAAACUAUGAAUUUAAUUUAAAAGUUCAAGAUAAUCGGAAUCGAUCAGCAUUAGUACCAGUUCAUAUUCAUAUUCAUGGUAUUGAUGAAUAUCCACCAAUUUUCACCAAAACUAAUUAUGUCUUUCAG